CGCAACGGACCGGAAGUAGCAUGACGUUCCUAGAUUCCCAAAACAUGUUGACACCCGGUUCAGCUACAUGACAGAGACGCGCUCAAUCUGCGUUGUCUAGCAAUCUAAAUAACAAGAGUUACAGAUCUUCAAGUAAACAUGGAUUACAGGUAGACCAAUCACAGGCUUUCCUUGAGCACUUAUGAUGUCUUCAGCCUGUAAUUCGGGAGCAUCUGCUGGUGGAGGAGGAAGUGUUGUCAUGGAGACGUCCAACUUCGCCCAUGUCAUCUUCCAGAAUGUUGGGAAAAGCUUCCUCCCGCAGGCAGCGCUUGAAUGUCAUUACACACUCACCCCCUUCAUCAUCCCAAAUCCCAAAGACUGGGUUGGCAUCUUUAAGGUGGGCUGGAGCAGUGCAAGAGACUACUACACGUUCCUCUGGUCUCCCAUGCCUGAAAACUACACUGAGGGAUCAACUGUUCAUCGAACUAUCAUCUUUCAGGGUUAUUAUGUUCCCCGUAGUGAUGGUGAGUUUUAUCAGUUCUGCUACGUCACACACACGGGAGAAAUCAGAGGUGCGAGCACGCCAUUCCAGUUCCGCCCAGCCACGCCCACAGGGGAGGAGCUACUGACAGUGGAAGAUGAUGGGAACUCAGACAUACUGGUUGUGACGACAAAGACCGGAAUACUUGAGCAGCGUGUAGAGGAAGUUCAACAGGAGUGCAAAGAACUGCAGAAAGCACUACGCCUCCUCACACAGGAGAGAGAUCAGCUACAGGAGAGACAGAGACAACAGAGACAACAGGUACUAAAUAAUACACACUCGCACAUAAAAGAGCUGCAGAAAGGUCUGUGCGAGGAGAAGGAGGAGGCUCGAGCCAGAGUGAGACAACUUGAACAGGACCUGCUAGAAAUCACGCAAAAAGCUGUUCUUAAAGAGACCGAACUGGACUGUUUAAGAGACAGGCUGCAGAAGGUGAUUUCUGAGCGGGACAGUCUACAAACUCAACUGAAGAGUGAGAGAGAUGAGAGGGAGCUUUACAAAUCUCACGUGCGCAGCGCCGAGCUGGAAAACACUAAACUCAGUGCAGAGCUGCAGAUGCUGAAGGCAGUGGAGCUGAACAGGGAGGUCACCAUCGCACAGUACCAGGAUGAACUACACAGACUACGCACAGAGAGAGACACACACCCCACUGAAGCCGGCCUGAAAGAGCACUUGCGUCAAGCUGAGGAGCAGCUCCUGGCCACGCGGCAGCAGGCGGUCAUGUUGGGUUCUGAGUUACGUGAUGCCUCCGGCGGACGAGAUCGCACCAUGGCUGAGCUGUACCGUGCCCGUCAGGAGGCUGAAGACCUACGAGCCCGUCUAACUGAAGCCCAGGAAGAAUGCGGACAUGCUCAGAAUCAGCUGGACAGGAUGAGAAGCCGGGCAUCACAGGAAGUGGGCAGGGCUGGAGGUGGUGUGGUUUCAGAGCUGGAGGCGGAGCUACAAAAGGAGGUUGAGGAAUUAAAGCUGCGUCUGAAUAUGGCUGCAGAGCACUACAAAGAGAAAUACAGAGAGUGCCAACGUUUGCAAAGACAAGUCACCAAACUGACCCAGCAACAAGGGGACUGUAAUAGGAAUGAUGCCUCUACAGAGACCACACAGGAGUUACACACACCAGAUGCAGACACUACACCCACAGAUCAAUAUACUUCUGAGAUCAUACCUGCGACACAAAGAGAUGCCGGGAGACUUGGAGUUGAAGGUAGACUUGGACAGGAUGGGAAGGAAGAGAAAAAAGAGGAAGAGGAUGAGGACGAUGAAGAUGAUGAGGAGGAGGAAGAAGAGGAGGAAGAAGAAGAGUGCAGCAUGUCAGUUGAAUCUGAGCUUGCCUGCAUGGAGGAGAAAUGGAGAGAGCAGUGCACCAUCAAUGAAAACCUGAAGCUCCUGCUAGCUAGUGAGGAGCAGCGGUUUAAGACUCAGGUGGCAGAGAAGGACAGAGAGGUGUCCGCUCUGAGGGAGAGUCUUGUGGUGGUGACCAGGGAAAAAGAGAGACUGGAAAAGGAGUUGUGGCAGUGUAUGAACAGAGUGGAGGCAGCAGGAAGUCGGAGGUCAGAGGACAGAGAGCCAAUAAUGCUGCGUUACCCACUGCCCUAUCCACAAGACCAAUCUCCACUUCAACCGGUACCCCAACAACCUGCUGAACUGCAGUACGGAAACCCCUAUUCAGAGCAAGAGACCCGGGAUGGAGCAGAUGGGGCAUUAUCCCCAGAACAGACCUGCCGGCCCCCUCCUUUGGCUCCACCACUGUGGGGUGGUACUGUGGUCUGCUGUCAGCCAUCACGCAGUCUCAGCCCCCCUGAUGGCCUGGAGAAUCCCGCUGAAGAGAGGCCUAAUGGAGGUGAUGGUGAGGCCCCUGCAGUCUGCGAUCAUCAGAGCCUGGAAUCUAACGAGAGCCAUACCAGCUUCUGCUUUGACACCAGACCUGAUGUUCAUAAGCGGUGUCCCCUGUGUGAGCUGAUCUUCCCGCCGCACUUUGAGCAAAGCAGUUUUGAACGCCACGUGGAGUCUCACUGGAGGGUAUGUCCUGUCUGCAGCGAGCAGUUUCCUCUGGACUGCCAGCAGCAUCUCUACGAAAAGCAUGUGCACACACACUUUGAUGACAAUGUUCUGAAAUUUGACAACUUCGAUUAGAGAGGAAAAAAUAUUUAUUUGAUUUUGGUUCAAUAUAAAACGCCUCAGGUGAUUCAGGGGCUUCAGUGUUUUUUUUUUUUUUUUUUCAAAACAUGCUGAUGUUGUCACUUUGUCGUAACCGCUGCACAACUCAUGCCAGGAGUACUUGCCAUAGGAAUAUUUGAUUUGCACAUAGACAAGUAUUAAUUCAGAUAUUUAAGCUUCUAAGGGACAUAAUACUAUAAUAAUGGUCUUCAGGUGAAAUAGAUAUGUAAUAAAAUAAAAUAAAAAGCACUUUUUUUUGUUUAACAUUUUGUGUACUACUGUAAAACUGAUUGCGCUUUAAAAUGAGAGCAGACAGCUCUAGGUUGUUGUUUAUGAAAAUGUAGACUUUAUUUUAAAGGACCAAUGAUGCAAUGAUGUAUAUGUUUAUUUAGCCAAAAGGAGACGGCCAUCAUUAAUAAACCCAAAUCACAAAAAUGACUCUAAAAUUGUUACCUCAGAGACACUGAAUGCUUUACGUGUGAAACACUAAAAGACUAAUUUAAAUGGAUAGUUCACCUAAAAAUAGAAGUUCUGUCACCAUUUAAUCACCCUCAUUUUGUUCUAAAACCGUAUAACAUUCUUCUGGUUGUGCUUCAAAUGCAAUUACAGUAAAUGUUGACUGGAGCAUUUAAGUUUCAGAAAACAUGUAAAAGCAAAAAAAAAAAAAACUUUUUUUUUUUUUUUUUGGUUGAAGCCAAUUAAUUGAAUUAUGGUAGCCUGUUUCUGCCACAGUUUUGAACUCACAAUUCUGAGAAAAUAAGUUUUUUAUCCAGUGGUGGAAACAAGCUUCCAUACUGAAUCAGUUUGAUUUGUGAAUUAAUUGUUUAGUGGCUCAACCAAUUCAUUUAUUAAGCUUGAAAGCUCCAGUCUCCAAUUAUUUUGCUAGUAGCUCCUUUAAAUAAUCCAAUUAUUAUUUAAAAAAAAGUAUUCUGUGUGAUGAUGACAAAACACUUGUUAUUAAGUGAACUAUUUCUUGAAGCUCAGCUAAAAUGUCCAAGUAACUCAAUCCAGAGCGAGCCAGUGUGCUAAAACAAAGGCUGUGCAACUUUUCAGUGCAUCAUUGGUUCAAACAUCUUGCAUCGAACAACUUAAAACAUUCAGUUUCAGCAUUAUAUCCAUCACACAUUCCUGCUUGAAAUCAAUUUAUCUGACACAGCUGAUGCUUCACACUGUAAGUGUGCCAGGAAGUUGAACUUAGGGUUGCUCUGUGUUUGUGUGUAUCAAGUGUACGUUUAUUAAUAAAGAAUGCUACAGCUCAAGUUCAUUAAACUGAA